AUGCAGCUAGUGGUGUUAGAUGACUUAACUCCUAGCUCCGAGAAAGGUCACGUGGUGGUACACGAAUGCAUAAUCGUGCUGACAGGCAAGGCCCACAUACAUUCGGGAGUAGCCGAUGCGGUUGACGGACUCAAGGAGAUUGCUUAUGAUGACGGGAGAGAGAAAGGUGGCGUUGAGGUGGAGGUCAAGGUGGGUGAUGUAUUUGUGAUACUUGCGGGUAUGGCGCUCAAGACAUUUGGCGCGCAGCCAGAAGCCGACCUCAACCUAAUGACGCUGGGCCAAGGACAUGAUAUCAAGGCGCAAGACAGGCGAGGCACACUUGAAAGUUGA